AUAUCCUCAUUCAUUCAUAUCUCUUCUCUCCUUCAUCAUGACCUUAUCUAAAGGUUCAAAACCCAACUUCUUAUUCUUCUCCACCGUUCUCUUCUUCGUCUCUAAUAUUCUAAACUCAUCAAAUGCACAAAACAACAUUAAUGGCGAUGCAUUCCACAUUGCCAUCUCAGUAGAUCCAAAAACCCACCAAUACCACGGUUCCUUCCAAUCAGGAACUCCUUCACACAAUGUGAACCCCCUAAUCGAUCUCGGAGGCAACUUCUUAUCGUUGCCCUGCAACACCUCCUCAUCCACGCUCCGCUCUGUCCCAUGCAAAUCCACAAAGUGUCAAAACUUAAAGGGUGUCUGUGACCCCAAAGGGGCUUGUACUUUGUCGUCCGGUACUCUAAGCGACGACAUUGUUACCAUUCACAAAACAGAUGGCACCAUGGUUUACGCCGAUACAAACUCUACCCGCUUGGAUAUUUCUUGCCUAAACUCAAACUCUAGAAAUAAUAAUGGAAUACUUGGCCUUGGAAGAACGUCAAACACGUUGACUAAUCGGCUUUCCUCAACAUUCAAUAUCAUCCCCAAAUUCACUCUAUGCUUACCUUCUUCCAAUGACAAUGGAUUCGGAGACCUCUUCAUCGGACCCGGGCCCUACAUGUUCGCUGGUGGUGUUGAUGGAUCCAGUUUGCUCCAAUUUACAGGACUCGUUCUGUCGCCCACGUCCAACGAGUACUUUGUUGAUGUGAAAUCAGUUAAGAUAGACAAAAGGGUCGUUCAUUUCGAUUCACAGACGGUAAUAAUUGGCUCGACUAAGCUCUCUACCACAGUUCCUUACGGCAUUCUUCACAGCUCAGUCUACAAGGCUGUGGUUGGCGCUUUCCUAAAGAGCACCGCGGCGAGAAAUAUCACUAGAGCGGCGGCCGUGAAGCCGUUUGGCGCGUGUUUUAGCGCCAAGGGUGUUCAUUGGACUAAGUUGGGACCAAGGGUGCCGUUGAUCGCUCUGGAAUUAUCGGGGAGAAUGGGAAAGCUGAGUUGGAAUAUCAAUGGUGCCAAUUCGAUGGUGAGAGUUGACAAGAAUACGUUGUGUUUGGGGUUUGUAGAUGGUGGAGUAAAGGCAACAACUUCAAUAGUCUUAGGGGGGCAUCAGUUGAAGGACAACUUUUUGGAGUUUGAUCUCUCAAGAUCGGUUCUUGGGUUCAGUUCUUCACUUCAGCCUGGAACUUGUUCAAACUUAAGAAAUUUUUAAGUUUUAAUUAGCAUUAUAAUUCUAUGGUUGAUAUAGGUAAUCAAUCUUGAUGUAUAAUCGUGUGAGAUGUAAAAGUUGAGUUAAAAUUGCACUAGUUUUGUGACAUUUUUUUUUUUUUUUUUUUGGAAAUCAACAGUAUUUUCCAUUACUCCAAUAAACUUUUUUAUAUUACUUCUUA